GGUGUGUCAACAACACUCUGCAGAGGACAGACGGCGUCUCUGGACGCAGAAGCAGCGGCAGCAGCAGCGGCUCCUUUCUUAUUGGUCAGCGUCACGUCGCGAGCUGGACACGCACGGACCUGCCAGAGAAUAAAGUCAAGAUUAAAAGACAACAGUGGAUAUUCCGGUGGAUUUACUUUAUCUGAGAGUCGUGUUUUACUGUACAUGCCAAAGCUGGGGGAACACACUGGAACACAACACACUCCUGUGCGAAGCUUCACAGUUUUCGCCACAAUAAUUGGUUAUCGGAUGGACCAGCAUCCCAGCGCCCGGAGCUGCACCAGUCGCGGGGCUUCGUCCUGCGAGGCCGUCCCUGCGGAACCCUCCAUGAAUCUGUACAUACACUCCACCACCGGCACACGCUUCGAGCUCUCGCUGCCCCAAGAGGAGACCGUGGAGGGACUGAAGAGGAGGCUGUCGCAAAGACUCAAAGUACCAAAAGAGAGACUCGCUCUGCUGCACAAAGACACGCGACUAAGUUCAGGCAAACUCCAGGAUCUAGGCAUCUCUGAUGGGAGCAAGUUAACACUUGUACCAACAGUUGAAGCAGGAUUAAUGUCUCAAGCAUCAAGACCAGAACAGUCAGUAAUGCAAGCCUUGGAGAGCUUGACAGAAACUCAGGUCAGUGACUUCCUGUCUGGCCGCUCCCCCCUCACCCUGGCUCUGCGUGUGGGUGAUCACAUGAUGUUCGUCCAGUUGCAGUUGGCGGCGCAGCAGUCUGGUGGUCCCCAGCUACAGCACAGACACCUCAUUACCCGUGGCAACACAGCAGAGACUGCAGUGGGACAGCCUACAGGGCAACCCCGUGUUCCCCACCCACACCCACACUCCCACCACCCCCCCCAUCACCCUCACAGUCACCCCAGCCCCCACUUGUCCCAGCCUCACCCAGUCCCUCCCUCCCCAUCUUCCCAAGGCUCCCAUUCCUUCCCCCUGCCCUCCACACACCACCAGCCGCUCCCACCUAUGUACCACCAGUCGGCCCCCUCUGCUCAUUGUAGCCCCCCUACUCCUCCACCUCCACCCCACUCCCCUCGCCCGUCGCACAUCCCUGGAAGUCUUUACCGCACUCCAGCUCAUCACCAUCAUCAUCAUCACCACUACCACCAGCCCUCCUCAGGCCAACCCAGCCCCGACAUUGGCCAGGCCAGCCCUGUAGCCCCAGUCGUCUGCCCCGAGGCUAACUGCAGCUCCAACAGCCCCAGCAGUGGCGCCAGUCCCUUGUCACGCUCCCGUAAACCUGGUGCCAUCAUUGAGAGCUUUGUCAACCAUGCUCCCGGAGUCUUUUCAGGGACCUUUUCAGGCACUUUGCACCCUAACUGCCAGGACAGCAGUGGGCGUCCAAGGCGAGAUAUUAAUACCAUCCUGCAGAUCCUCAACGACCUCCUGAGCGCCACACGCCACUACCAAGGCAUGCCCCCAUCCCUCACCCAACUCCGGUACCAGACCCAGUGCGCUUCCCCAACUUCACCGACCCCGCCUCCUUCACCCCCAGUCACUGGUGUGACAGGCCUCUCUGCCAAAGCUACCUCUGUGCCUCCCGGCAGCCCUAGCAGCCCUCCGCCGGCUCUUCAUCCCCUGGUGCAGUGCCAGAGCCAGAUCCGUAUGUGCAAAUCUCCUGGUGACCGCGUGCGUCAGACGGAGAACCGCGCGACUCGCUGUAAGGUGGAACGCCUGCAGCUGCUGAUGCAGCAGAAGCGUCUGCGCAGGAAGGCCAGGAGGGACCAGCGUGCUCCUUAUCAGUGGCUGCCCAACCGCAAGGCUGGACGCAGUAACAGCAACAGCAGCAUGUCCAGCGACGGCUCCCUGGACCUGGACUUUGACGAUUCAGUGUGGAAACCCGAUGUCAAGGCUGAUUUGAAGUCUGAGUUUGUCAUGGCCUGAACCGCCUGAUCCCUCGUGCACGGAAACCAGAUUCAAAGAUGGUGCAAAGCAUUGCUCGGGAUUUGCUUUACGAUUAAUCUGAGCGACUGGAUUAGCAGGAGGUGACGCCGAAACUGUGUGAAGAUGUCCCGAGCAAAAGUGGAAAUCAAAGUUGUCCAUGCGACUGGCUUCUGUCACAUGAAAAAAAAAAAAAAAGAAAGGCUCCCUGCAGACUUUAAUCCCACUCUGUCCUUCACAGCUGACCUUGUGAAAACAGCAACAUUACAAACAGUACCUUACCUUCUUGCCAUGCUUGGAUUUAAAGAGGCAAUGACUGGACUUUAACGGUGUACAAGACUAUUUUUUGGUGGGGUAUGAUCACAGAGACCAUACCUAGACUUGAGCAUAGCAGAAUUCAUUUGGUGGUGGUGGUGGUGUUAUUUUCAAUUUUUGUUUUUGUUUUUUCAAAGAUUUGCUUUUUUUAAGGAGCACUCUGGACAGCAAUGAAGAGAUCCACACUGGACUUACUCAGAAAACAGAAGCACCAGAGGCUUCCAUGUUUCCUAAUUGAAAAAAGGCAGAACUGCCAAACUAUGGAUUAUUCCAAUGGGCAUUCUUAUUGAUCUCAAACUCACCAACCAGAGUCCAGUUUUUACCUGUUAUGGGGUGGUUAUGUUUUUUGUUUAUUUCCCUUUUUUCAUUUUGAAACAUACUAUUAUAUUUUAUAAACAAAAAAAAAUAUGUAGCAUUGUUCACAAAGCAUUCAGGUUUUCAUGUAACAGUUGAAAGUAGUUGUUGAUUUUCUUGAUUUAUAACGGUUGGUCAAAGUGUGCAAGGACAAGGUGGAGGGUGGGGCCUGAUAUAGAGCGACAAAAAUGAAUAUGGAAGUAUUGAUAUCAACCUCAGUGACAUAGGGUAUCGAUAGGAAUGAUUAAUGAAUAAAUAAAGUGAAUUAAGAUUAACAGAAAGUGCUUUAGAGGAUUUUAAAAUCUUUAAAAUGUAUAUGAACAUUAAAAAUCUAUUUUUUAUUUCUCUUCCUAUCUGCUGUUUUCAAAAAGCAGCAGCCCUCUGUGGCUUUAGUCAAGUCAUUGACUACUAACAAAUACAUCCAUUCAAUCAUACAUUAGCCUGUUCAUGAACUAUAGCCGUGUAGACACAACACAUGAUAUGGAAAGACCCUUUUUAUCCAGUCGGCCUCAUGUCUCACAGACCCCAAUUGACUUGUCGAGGGUUUGUAUUAGUUUGUGUACAUAAAUGUGACAAUUGGCAAAGGUUUAUGAGGGUGUGUGUGUGUGUGCAUGUGUGUGUGUUUGAAUUAAGUGUACAUUUAUUUAGAAAUCCCAUGUUUUUUUUAUUGGUUGUCUUCUCUCUGUGGACCCCGUAGUUUCUCAAAGAUUAGCUGCAGUGAAUGCUUGGGCCACCACUCGAUAUCAUAGCAGGAUAAAAGUUCCAAAUUGUUCCAGUUCAGACCAAUUUAAUGUCUAUUUAUCUCAAGUCCUCAUAAUAAUGACUAUUUUUUUAUCGGCAAAGAGGGAGAAGAGGUUUAGAUACAUACCCAGCGUCAUGAACUAGUGCCUCCACCAGUACAUCCAUUUACAUAUCAGGUUAGGCCUUUCACAGUUUUGCUGCUACACAUGGGCACUUCAAAUGAAAAAAAAGAAGUCAAAAUGAAAUAAAAUAGUAACGUAAAUAAAAGCGGGAGGGGAAAAGUGACUUUUCUUUGCAUGCAGACGUGUGAAAUUACACUGAUCUUUUUUCUACUGAUGGCAGAUUUAAAAAAGAAAAAAAGAAACUGGUGCUGUGGGAAUGAAGGUUAACAACAUGCAUGAAUUUGUGAAGAAAAUAAACAAUGCUGCUUUUGUUGGUUAGGUUUUAUUUUGUUUUUUUGUAACUUUUUUGUUUUUCCUUCUUUCAAUGUGAGAACAACAGUGUCCUGCUAAAGUAUUACGACGCAAAACCAAAACAGAUGAAGUUAAGUGUGGACUCGGCUCAGUUUUGUUUGCUCAGCACUGAACAUUCCUGUUGUGUGACAAUGAAGAUGAUGAUGAGCAAAGAGCAACUGACUCUCUCUCUCUGUCCUUACUCCCUAAACGCUGACUCUAAACCCCCCCAAGGACUCUCAAGGACCCAGACAGCCUAAGAACUGUUAACCCCACCUGCGCUCCAUGCAGCCUGAACACCAACCAAGGCUCUUGUGGAUGUAUUUUCACAGGGAACCAUCAGGCCGGCAGAUUAACUGUACUGUCUAUUUAACCUACUCAAGAGAAGCAUCUGUCUGGCAUCUGCCUCUUUUAUCCGUCUGUUUGUCUGAUCGAGUGACCACCCUACCACAAUUGCACUCCCAGCGAUUGCAGUGAGAGAUUACCUUUUUGGUGAGCCUCAUCUUUUUUUUAAGUGGCCUUACCUUUCACAGACACUUGGGGACAAUGGGGACAGGAUUUUAUUUUGUUUUUUUUACUUUCUGUUUUUAUCAUUGUCGGAGUCGUUGUCUCCAGGUUUUUUGUUUUGUUUUGGUCACUGAGGACACUGGGCAUCUGUUGUUUAGUGCUUUUAGCUGGUGGAGUCUCUAUUAUGUCAAGGCUUCUGUGCCUUAAAAUUGUUGCCCUUGCAGUGACGGUGUCAGAUUUUAAGUUUGUUUUUAACUGUUCGAUACACAACUGAGUAUUCGCAGCCAUGAGAGUCAUAGAUGUUCGGGGUGAAACGUGUUUGGGUGAAUCAGGAAGUUGGUUUGCCUCAAAUACUGCUUUGUCCCGCCUCUUGUUUUGUUUUCGCUCGUUUGUCUCCGUCAUUCAAACCUCACAUCCCUCUUAACUCAGUCCUCCCACCAACAAGCUGCAAAAAUCUACAAAUCUGUAAUCUGUAACUAAGAUGGCAAAAAAAAAUCCCCAGCCCUAAUUCAAAAUAAGAAAAGUCCUGUGAGGACUCCAGACUACAUGCACUUGCUGUUUCCUUGGAUACAACAUUAUAAAAGGACGGCAUUAUCCCCUGCCCCACCCAAAUUUUUAUUUAAUUUCUUUUUGUAUAUGUAUAAACUAUACUCUGUGUGUGCCUCACUUCUGUGUGAAACUCAAAAAGAUGAAACGAAACAAAAAAGAUGACAAGCAUUACAGAGAGUUUAAAAAAGAUAAAAUUAAAAAAAAAAACAGUAUGUUGGUGGAAUUCUGGUCAUGUCAUUUAAGUUGCCUGUUAUUUCUUGUAGCCAACUAUUGAAAAUAACAGGAUUCAAGAAUACAAUUUACAAUGUUCUAGCUCUAGACCGGUGUAGCACAUGUGUGACUGUAUUAAUUUAUGAAACCAAAAUGGUAACUGUGAAUUAUGUAUUUCUUUGUGCAUUUUUUUUUUAAACAGGGGAGAUGGUUGUCGGGACACAGCAGCAGCUGAUGUCUGAAAAAAAAAAAUAAGUCUUUGUUUUUGGUGGAAUUUAAUGGAAACAAGAAUGUGUUUCCAAAAAAGAAAAAAAUUAAAAAAAAAGAAGAAAAAAAACCGAAAAAAUAUAUGAAUAUAUUUUUUUUCUUAAGCAAUACAUUUCAGUGUGACUUGUGAUAGAACAUUUUUCUUUUUUUAGGUAAUAAAUAAAAAAAACAAAAUGAGUACAUCA